AAUGAAUGAGUCGAUUUGUAGUUGGGAUAGUGAAAAUACAUCUAGGAUAUCUGCGAAUGAUCAAUUGAAUGAUAGCAACUUGGAAGAAUGGCAAAAUAUUCAAUAUCCGACCUAUAAUAAGAAUUACCUUGAAAAUAUAAGAGCUACCACCGAAAGAGGCGUUCCGAAACUAUACUCUCUAUUCUCAGACAAAGAUCUUGUAACCAGCUCCGAUGAGGAAGACGGCUGUCGCUCAAGGAAUAGAUUAGGCAAGUUUAGACCGGAUAAAUUAUCAACUAGAAGAUUUUUAACCGACUUACAAGUCUAUACUUUGAAUGAACGGACUACUGAACGAUUUUUGGACAAAUGCUAUAACUUAAUUAGCGAAUUGAAAAGUAUGGAUAAGAAAAAUACUUCCAUUAAACGUUUUCGUAAAAAGCUAUUUGCUUUUUAUUCUGAAAUUGAUAAAUUAAUGAAAACUGAUAAAGAUUUCUGGGUUGGUGACGAAGAAAAUGUUUCCAAGGUUAUUGAAUGCGUUGAAAGAUACGUUCUCACGAGAUUAUUUUGCCAACUAUUUACCCUAUCAAUAUCAGAGUUUAAUGACGAAGACUGUAAAUUCUAUCACAAAUGUCAUACUCUCAAAUGGAUUGAACCGCAUCAUCUACGCUGUCCUUUGCGAAUGGAUAACGAAGAUGUCGUUUGUCAGAUUCGCAAAGCAACAAGUACUCUGCAGAGGAUCAUCAAUAAGAAGAAUCCUUUCGAAAUGAUGAACUGCGCUCUACGAGCAGUAAAAUUUUGUGAAAAGGCUUUAUUAGCAUCAGGCUUUGAGGUUGUUUGUGCCGAUGAUCUAGUCACAGUGAUGAUCUAUGUUGUGUUACAAGCCUCACCUCUUCACGUAAGGUCAACUGAAGAAUUUCUGCUCAAUUUCGCCCUGCCUUGUAGGAUAGAACGUGGCCAAGAGGCCUAUUGCUUCGCUACUCUAGUAAGCUGCAUAAAAUAG